UGGCUGCUGCUGAAAAUUCAAAACGAAGUACUUUUGGCAAGGCAUUUUGUCUUUUUGGUAGACGCAGUACCUUCCCCCCUUCACUGGGCUAUAGGCUAGCAGUAUUCUUCAAUAAAAAUUAUUCGAGAAACUGCACCUCUCGUAAGAAUCCUAGUUGUUGAGUUUCAAUCAUGGCAAGCGGAACGGAUAAAGUAUUUGGAAUUGGCACAAUUGCGUUGUCAAUACUUAUAUUCGCGUACUAUACCCUCUGGGUAAUCGUUCUGCCGUUCAUGGAGCCCAAUCAUCAGAUUGCGCAGUACUUUCUUCCAUCUGUGUAUGCUAUCAUCAUACCACUAGUAGCAGGAGUUGCUUUGGUGGCAGUAUUAGGUCUUAUGAUCGUGAAAGUUCUCAUGGCACAGCGUGCUAAAGCUCUGAAGAAGAAAGCAUCUUGAGAUGUAAUUGAAAUAGGAAUUAAUCUGCUUGAUGACCUUUCCGCUGUUUCUUCUGUGCUUUCUGAUGCUGGUACUUAAAGUACUUGUCACAAAUCUGCCGUCGCCUUUCCAGGUGGUUCGUAAAUCUACCUCUUACAGACUUCAUCGUAAUUAUAAAUCCUGUCCCGGCUGGCCCGCCAACGUUCUUGACAUAAACUUCAGAUUUACGUAUA